AUGCUGGCAUACCAACAGCCGUCGCAGCCUGCUGCCGAUGAGGAGAGCCCAUCCAGUCCCGCAGCCGCUGCUCCCAUGGCAUAUAAGAAGGUCAUUGCAACAAAAGUCCUUGAUACAGUACAAUGGUUCAACGUCAGGAAUGGAUAUGGUUUCAUCAAUAGGAAUGACACAAAAGAGGAUGUUUUUGUUCACCUGACAGCCAUCAAAAAGAACGGCCUGAAGAGAUACCUUCACAUGUUGGACAUGGGGAAGGGUGAUGAGAACCAGGGAGAUCCAGACCAGGGCAACAGAGCAGCGAGGCAGAACAACAACAGUGGCUUCAGACCAAGAGGUCCACCCCAUCCCAGACCGGUUUGGGAUGGUGAGGAGGACAAGGAGAAUCAGGAGGGCGAAGGUGGUCUGAACCAACAGCCGCUGAGAGGGCCCACGCGGUCAAACCAGUGA